AUGCCUGGCGAAAGUAACGACGACAUGUUCUACAGCAUAGACGUAGGACGAGUCCACUUUGUGGCCUACGUGUCCGACUACUACUACUUUUUGCAAUUUGGAACUCAACAAAUCUACCGCCAAUACGUUUGGUUGGAGAAGGACCUUCAGGAGGCAAAUAAACCUGAAAAUCGAGCUCAACGUCCGUGGAUAGUUGUCUUCAGUCACCGGCCUAUGUAUUGUUCAAACAGUGACGACGCUGAGCACUGCACCAAUCCAGACAAUUGGAUAAGGACGGGAAUACCCUUCACAGAUGGCAAGUCUAAGUACUACCUUCUUGGUUUGGAGGAGUUGUUCUACCGUGAAGGCGUUGAUGUUGUGUUUGCUGCGCACGAGCACUCUUACGAGCGUUGUUACCCAACCUACAAACUAGAGGUAGGUUCUCGCCUUAUCACAUUCAUCGCACGUUAA